AUGUUCGGAGUCCUAGAUGGACUUCGGGAGGCAAUUCGCGCAGAGCAGCAGCGUCAGCGAGUCUGGACUGGAAGCUGUCCGGCGUCGCCUCUCGAGCGCAAAGCUCCCCCCGGAGACCCGCUUCUGUCACACCGCCUUGCCGACAUCCUCGCUCGUCCAUUCGUUCCUGUGGGGAACCUCAAACCUAACGCCCUUUUCCGACGCCAGCAGAGCUUCCUCCCCGUCAGCAAACCAUCGCAGGAAGAGAAGCACACAAGCAAAGAUACCAGCCUCAUUGGUGGUGUGGACCUGCGCCAACACCCGGACCACAAUGCCAAGAUAUCUGCAUUCAAAGGAAACAAACGUCUGUCAAAGCUGAUCUUGAGGACUUACCAGGCCAGGAGCGGGAUCACGGUCACCAAGAUUGUUGGGAUUCUGGGGAUUUGCCUCUUCCAAUCUGCCCCGCCACCUGAGCCCUUCGGCCCUCCAAAUGCAGCGAUCCGGCCUCAAAUUGAGUCUGGAUGUAUGCACAGUACAUAA